AUGACUAAUAACGUGGUCGUUCAUGGGUGGCUAGUUGUAUACUACCCAAGGAACUCUUCUUUGAGUAUUCAAACAGACUCAGGAACAGACGUCCUUGGGUUUACUACCAAGUCCCCUCUUCAAUGGCUAAAGCCUAGCAGGCACAGAAUAUCUUGGCUCAGUAUCGCUACUCAGAUGAGUGGACGUAGAGACAACACGAAUAUUUUCGAAAUAUAUUUCUGGACAAAGACCACCAAAGUGAGCUCACAGCUGGUCAUUCAGUAUGAUGAGCUUGCAGUAUUACUGUCUCUUGAGAAUGUUCCUCUUAGUCUUAAGACAGUUCUUGACACUGGUACUGACACUUAUCACACCUUACUCACAACUUAGUGUUGGAUGGGCUGAAAAACACCCUACUAUCUGCU